AUGGGCAACACAGUCUUUGCCCCUUUGGUCCCCAAGUACUCGGACCAGAAUCAGGACCCUGUCUUCUCACCGCCCGGGUAUUUCGUCAAAAACUCUGACCUCAGGGCUAUCCACAGAGCUGCCUAUGAGGGCGACAUCUACGAGCUCCUCCACCUGAAAAUAAAUAAGUUAAAUUCGUAUGACAAGAAGAAGAGGAGUGCUUUGCAUUUGACUUGCGUAAGAGGAUAUGCCAGGGUGGCCGCUAUGUUGAUCGACAAGAACUGCGAUCUGAACAUCAGAGAUGCUGAAGAGAGGACACCUCUGAUAAAGGCCGUGCAAUGCGAGAGACCGCAGUGCGUCACUCUCCUCUUAGAACGUGGCGCAGAUCCCAACAUUACGGAUAUCCACGGUAACUGCGCUCUCCACUAUGCUGCCCACAGCGGCAAUGUAGAGAUUGCAACAAAACUCCUUGAACAUGGUGCCGCUACAGAGAUAAUGAACAAGAAAGACACCACACCACUCUUCCUUGCUCUGAAGGAAACACAUUCAGAUGUGGCGGAACUUUUAAUUAAGCACAAGGCAAAUAUACAUCUAGUUGAUGGAUGUAAGAGAACAGCGCUCAUGCUUGCUGUACUUUGUAAUUCGGAAAGCUUAGUGGAUCUUCUUUUGGAGCAGAAUAUUAAUGUCUUUGCGGAAGAUUUAUUUGGACAGACUACAGACAAUUAUCUUCUUCCUGACUCUGAAAGCAUUCAACAGAAAAUUUUGGAAUACAAGGCAAAAAUUAAACCUAUAACUCCUACACAAGCAAGAGCAACUUUGGUUAAGGACAGGCCUUCUGUUUGUCAAAAAGAAGAAAUGGCUGAAAACCAUUUUUCCACCUUCACUUUAGUCCAGCCAUUCAUACCAGGUCCUCAAAUGGCCUUUGUCAACCAUUGUGAUACAGAGGAAGGAGCAAGAGAGUCAGAAGUUGGAGACAAUACCAACACGAUUGGUAUUGUUGAAAGUGCUACACAAAAGCAAAUAGAUAAAAUCUCUGUACUGUUAUCAGGACACGACAAACCAAAAGAACCAAGUUUGUAUUUGGAGAGUAUUUCAGAGACUCUUUCAGAGAAGGAUCUUAGUCAUUCAUCUCAGGAUGCCAAUCAAGAAGAAAAAAACAGAGUAAAUGCACAAGUAGAAGGACACAAAAUUUUAUCAAAAUCAGUGAAAGAGGAAGAAGAACCUAAAGGAAGUGAAAAUAACCAGCCACAGAAUUUAUCAGAGAAUCUUACCAAGGAGGAUCUUAGUGGUUCUUCUUGGACUGGCAAUUCAAAUGGAUAUAAGACAGUACCCAAACAAGUAAAGGUGCAUGUUAAGACACAACCUCAGUAUCAGGUAACAAUAUUCAUUCAGGAAAUUUGCACACACAGAGAAGAUUGGAUUACUGCAGCUCCAGAGAUUACUGGAAGGAGGAGGAAGUACUGGAUUGGGGCAGAACACAGGGAGGCAUUUCUUUUCUCCAGAAGGAUCAGGCAUCUGAGAUAUAUGUUGCAUUGAUACUAGUUAAUCAGAUCAGGUUACUUUGAACAAAGAUGGCUGGCUUUUUUUGCAAAUGUUAUUAUUAUUUGUUUUCUAUAAAGUAGUUGUUUCCUAAUUCCCUUCAUGUGAGGGAAUUAUUUUCUGUACAUUGUGUGAAAUUGUGCUUUACUUAUGAUACAAUUUGUUUCAAAGCUCACUGUGUGCGAUGCUGAUAUAAAACCUCCUACUCCAAAAAAAGGAGUACAAAGGAUUAAAGUUAAACCAGCUGCAACAGUAUACAACUUUGUUACAUCAGAAGAAGAGGAAGAAGAGCCUAAAGGAGAUGAAAAUGACAAGCCACAGAGUCAUUCUUCUGGGACUGGCAAUUCAAAUGGAACAAAGACAGUACCAGAACAAGUAAAUGGGGAUUCCAAGACAGAACCUCAAUUUCAGUUCACUGUAAG